AUGCUACGCCGUUUCACGAAUGUAAUGCCUGUGAGGCUAUUCUCGAGCUCUCGUGUCUCUCUUCAGCAAGCGAAAACGGGCUCUGAACGGGUUAUUUCCAGCUGUCCAGCCGGCACUGUCCUAAACCUACAAAUCAAGAAAUCCGGCAAGGAACCCGUGGCUUUGGAAGACCACGAGUACCCAGAAUGGCUCUGGAGCGUUUUGGACAAAGAAGCUCAGCUAAAUAAGCUACAACAGGACCCGCUAAAGCUGCGCAGAAAACAGUUGAGAACCUCCAAUCGCCAAAAGAUCAAACAAAACAACUUCUUGUCUGAAAUCUGA